AUGGCCCGCCACAGGCACAAGGAGAACGACCUCCCUCACAUCCACCGCUACAUAACAACGCACAGCACCGACGGCGAAGCAGUAUUCGUUUCCCAUGCCCAGAUCCCGGACUACAUGCCCUCGAAGCCAGCAGGCGAAGACGGGGAGAUCGCCCUACUCUACGCGACAACAAGCGUCCCAGUCUCUAUCGACGACGAAGCCGAUAUCGCCAUGUACGACGAAUUCCUGCACCAAUCGCCCGGCCUUACGACCGAACAAGGGACUGUGUUUCGAAUGAUCGAUCUGCGCCCGGGAAAGAUGACCCCGAUGCAUCGGACGGUCAGUCUCGACUAUGGAAUUGUUCUCGACGGAGAAGUGGAUUUAAUUCUUGAUUCUGGGGCGAGUCGACUGCUUAGACGUGGCGACGUUUCUGUGCAGCGUGGGACGGCGCAUUCGUUUCGGAAUCGUAGCUCUACAGAGUGGGCGAGGCUGCUAUUUGUGUUUUUGCCCAUGCAGCAAAUUACGAUUAAAGGGAAGGAGCUCGGAGCUGAGGUUUAUGAUGAUUGGUAUGACAAGGCAAAUGACUAG